AUGUCGGAUUCUACACAACCACCUGUCUACACCCUUGCUGAGGGCAACCCUGUGCAAGACCCGACGUCGUCGGUCGUGCUGAGGGGAUCAAAAGUUGCAGGAGGCGGUCUUGCGUUGCUCCAGGACACACAGCUGAUUGAAACGCUUGCCCAUUUUCCGAGAGAAAGAAUCCCUGAGAGAGUUGUUCAUGCAAAGGCAGCUGGCGCAUGGGGUGAGUUCGAGUGCACGCACGAUAUCACCGAUUGGUGUUCUGCGGCGCCUUUCAAGAAGGUCGGCAAGAAGACAGAAGUCUUGGCCCGUCUCUCAACGGUAGCGGGAGAAAGGGGUUCCUCUGACACUCUGCGCGACAUCCGUGGCUUCGCACUGAAGUUCAAGACUGAGGAGGGUAACUGGGACUUUGUCGGCAAUGACCUCCCCGUCUUUUUCAUCCGCGACCCUACCAAAUUUCCCUCCCUCAACAGAUCUCACAAGCGCCACCCACAGACUGGAGUCGCGGACUCGAGUAUGUUCUGGGACUUCCACAACAACAACCAGGAAGGCGCACACUGCUUGAUGCAACUCUUCGGACCUCGCGGUGUUCCAGCAUCUCUCCGCAACGUUAACGGCUUUGGAAACCACACGUUCAAGUUUGGAACGCCGGAGGACGGAACCUUCAAGUAUGUGAAGAUCCACUUCAAGCCGGACGAUGGUAUCAAGACGCUCUCACAGGAAGAUGCUGUUCGUCUUGCUGGAGAGGAGCCCGAUCAUCACAUCAAAGAUAUGUACAACGCAAUUGAGAAGGGUGACUAUCCUACCUGGACCAUGAUGCUCCAGGUUAUGGACCCGAAGGAGGCGGAAACAUACAAAUGGAACAUUUUCGACAUCACCAAAAUCUGGCCGCACAAGGAUUACCCCUUGAUCCCUGUCGGAAAGCUCAAGUUGAACAGAAACCCAGAGAACCAUUUCCAGGACAUUGAGCAGGCCGCCUUUUCGCCCUCAACUUUGAUCCCUGGUAUUGCACCGUCAGCGGAUAUCAUGUUGCACGCUCGCAUGUUCAGUUACCCCGACGCUGCCAGGUAUCGCGUCGGACCAAACUACCAGCAACUGCCCCCUAACCGAGCGCUGCAUGUCUACUCGCCUUAUCAACGAGACGGUCCUAUGCGUCUAGAUGGCAACUACGGGUCCGACCCUGACUAUGUCCGAUCAUCUUUCCGCCAGGUCAGAAAGGGUCCCGCUGAUUUGGAACAUGAGGAAUGGGUCGGAAAGGUUCAGUCUUACUCCUCUGAUGUCACUGAAGAGGAUUGGGAGCAACCCCGGAUGCUCUGGAAACUUUUCAAAGAGAACGGUGAUGACAAGGCCUUAAUCCACAACUUGGCGGGACAUGUUGGCAAAGCUAUUCCAGAGGUCCAGAAGGAGACAAUCAAGAGUUGGGCCAAUGUUGACAAGGAGAUUGCCGAGAGGCUCGAGGAGGCAUUGGGUAAGAUGGAGAGUAACAUCGAUCACCUGCCACCCUCGCAAACAGUACUGGCAAGAAACAGAAAGUGA